GCAGCAACAACAAAAGCUCUUCUGGCAUUAAUUCAACUAACAGAAAUGCGUCUCUCUCUCUCUCUCUCUCUCUCUCUCUCUUUCAGAUUGUUAAGAGCAACCUUUCAGAUCCCAGCGAGCUCCUUCCUCCUCAGCCUCUCUACAUGUGUGUCUCCAGACUGGGUGACCUUACAAAUGAGCAUGCUGCAUCGUUGUGAGAUUUGGUGUUUCGGGGCGGUGCAAAGUGGAGUGGAGUGCAGGGUAUCUGAGAGCAGCAGAGCACAGGGAGGCAGGCACAUCCGCCGCUGGAGGGAUCAAAUCUGUACCAUCUGACGCUCAAGGAUUUAUGGGUUUAGUCAAAAUUGCUUUUCCCACUGUGGAGAUUAAGCACAGUGGGAUGUUUUUCUCCCGGGCCGUAGAGUAGCCGGGUGGAGCUGCUGCUGUUUCUGUUUUUCUCCCUCUUAUCGGCUCCGGCGCUGGAGGAYGAGGYAAAAWAAAAYGYAAAAAAAAAAGAGGGGGAAUGUCUCGGGAGGGCACGGUGCUUCAAAAACCCUGGCGGGAAGUAGAUUCUGAUUGACGGGAGAGGUCCGUCCUCCGGGGAGUGUGAACCAUGCAGGCGGAUGCAGUCGUUGUGCUCUUGUGUYUUUGGCUCACAGCUGCAGCCGGGAAGAUGGUUCAGCCGAGAGGUCACAAGCUGGAGACCUACAAACAAAGCAGGACAAGAAGAGAAACCAGAAUGGAUGGAGGAGGCGGUCACAAAUCUGGGAGCCCAAUUUACAAACGAAGCCCAGACCUGACAAAAUCUCCCGUGACCAAAUCUGAGCAGCUCCUGAGAAUAGACGACCACGAUUUCACCAUGAGGCCAGCGUUCGGAGGUCCUCCGAUACCUGUUGGAGUAGAUGUUCAAGUUGAAAGUAUCGACACCAUCUCUGAGGUGGACAUGGACUUCACCAUGACGCUGUAUUUACGUCACUACUGGAAGGACGAGCGGCUCUCGUUUCCCAGCACCACCAACCAGAGCAUGACCUUCGACAGCCGCCUGGUGAAGAAAAUCUGGGUCCCUGACAUGUUCUUUGUCCACUCCAAGCGCUCGUUCAUCCACGACACCACCACGGACAACGUCAUGCUGAGAGUGUACCCUGACGGCAACGUCCUCUACAGCCUCCGAGUCACAGUCACUGCRAUGUGCAACAUGGACCUCAGCCGCUUCCCCCUGGACACCCAAACCUGCUCACUGGAGAUUGAGAGCU